GCUACAGCCGACGGGUUCUGUGAGAUGUACUCCAACAAGUUCGGCCGUCUCCUGUUUGGGUUGAGGGGCCUGAAAGUGUCGCCUGUCAGCGGCGCCAUCCAGAGGUCGGAGGUUCGGGGCUUUUCCAGCGGAGCUGCGGUGUGGAGGCAGCGGAGGGCCGCCUGUGCAGAGAUGCAGCAAACCAGGUCGGCGUCCCACACCACCGUGGACCCCGGUGAGGUGAAGAGGUUCCAGUUGAUGGCCAACAAGUGGUGGGAUGAAGAAGGAGACUUUGCUGCUCUUCAUGCCAUGAAUGACCUCAGGGUGCCUUUUGUACGAGAUAAUCUGUUGAACGUGCAGAGAGAGCGUCAUCCUGGACAACCGCUGGCGGGGCUGAGGAUCCUGGACGUGGGCUGCGGUGGAGGGCUGCUCACAGAGCCACUGGGUCGUCUGGGAGCCACUGUGUUGGGUAUAGAUCCAGUAGAAGACAGCAUCCGCAUCGCCCAGCUGCAUUCGUCACACGACCCAGACCUUCGAGAUCGGGUGUCCUACCGGGCCUGCACCCUGGAGGAGCUUUCAGGCGACGGGGAGGCAAAGCAGGAGGAACAGACGGAGACCCAGUUUGACGCCAUUGUGGCGUCUGAAGUUGUGGAGCAUCUGGCUGACUUGGAAACAUUCGCCAUCUGCUGCAGUCACGUUCUGAAGCCUGGCGGUUCGCUUUUCAUCACCACGAUAAAUAAAACCAACCUGUCGUACGCGCUGGCAAUCGUCGCAGCUGAACAGCUGCUGCGCAUCGUUCCCAGAGGGACACACGACUGGGAGAAGUUUGUCAGCCCUGUGGAGCUGGAGCGCCUCCUGGAGUCCAAUGGUUUCUUGGUGCAGUCUGUCCAAGGAAUGCUUUACAACCCACUUUCUGGAGCCUGGAGCUGGACAAACACCACUGCCAUCAACUAUGCUCUCCAUGCUGUCAAACAGGAUGUAGGAGCUGAGGACAGAAACGGUCCCGAUGGGGACCAGUGUGAGCCCACACACAGCUGAGCCGCUUCGGAAACAAAGAGGGGGGAAAAAAAUCAACCAUGGAUCAAGAGGUUUAGCUGGAUGGGCCUCUGGUCAUCUGUGAAACACCGAUUAGAGACAGUUUGGGUGUCGAAUGAUGUGUGAACACUAGGAAUAAGGUUUUGUUAAACUCUUGACGUGUCUUAAGAAGAUGUUUGAAGAUGAUGCCUUUGAGUAGUUCUGAAACCUCGGCUCCAAAUCUCAAGCAUAUCGUUUUGGUGUGUUAAUUUCAUCAGAUGCUGUUCUCCUUUUUGCCAAUGAUUAAUUUGAAUGUUUUAAGACAAAUUAUUGUCUAUUAAAAUGGACUUAUGUCAGUUAUAUCUCCUGGAGUUUAGAUUUAUGUUACGCUGUAGGCUAAU